AUCACAUGACAUUUGCAAUUUUUCGAUUUCGGUCAUUGACGGUAUCGGAGAUGGUCUUCAAGCGUGUGAUGGGGCUUUAUAGAUAAGGACUUCACAAAAUAAUAAAUGUGUUUCGUCGUUUGAAGCCACGAAUAACUUUCACUUGGCUUUACGCCAUGGACGCCAGAAACGAUUAAUUGACAUUACAUUUGGGACUACGUGAUAUUAGCUAGCGAGAUAACUUGCUAAAUUAGCUCCCGUUGACUUGUAAUCUAAAUGAGAGAAAGGUCUGAUGCUACCUAGCCAAUUUUUAUGAAAAUCUUGUCGUUAUGUGUAGUUAGCUGACUUACUGUUGUUGGCUAGCAAUGCUAGGGGCUAGCUAGCAAACACAGACAUACAAUGGUGUGCAGCUAACGUUAGAGAUGAGUGGAGCUUGCUCGAACUUGCUUGGUCUAACUUACUCAAAAUGCUCCGUUAUUUAGUAGGUAGCUAAGUUACUUGCAUUAACUUUAAGGAAACCAUUUAUAUUGUUUUCUUGUUAGCUACCUAGCUUUCUACUGCAGUUUUCAAACAAGAUAGCUAACGUUAGCAAGGAUGAACUACUUCCUUGAAGUCUAUAGUUACUCAUCUUGGGAUAUUUUAGUUGGAUGUUGAGCCUCCAUCAGUAACCACGAUAUUAUUGACCAGAUAAGAGGCUAACAUAGCAUAGAGUUUCUUGUUCAGUGGUUGAACUUGUUGACAAGACUUGCUCUCAUUGCUAAUAUUGCUGGAUACAUAACUCAGUUAGAUGGCAAACGUUAGCUAACUUAAUUGUCUUGAAUGACGGGGACUUAAUUCAAAAGCGCAUCAGACCAUGUUUUUGUGCUGGUCUUACUUUUAAGAGACAAUUGUCAUUAGUUAAAUAAAUAGCUAGCUAGCUAUUUAAGUCAGUUGCUGAGGAUGACUGACCCAGAAAGUCCCCUUUCAAAUUCUGUUUUGGGAGACUUGCAGUGGCUUUGCAUGGUAACACUGUUCAUUGCAUCCAGCAUUACAUUGAUACUGUAUCUAAUACAGUAUUUUUACGACGAUCUACGGAUACAGAAGCCUGAGCAAAACAAUGCGGUUUCGGAGGAAGCGGACGCUCUGUUGGGAUGGGCGCUGUCACUGAAAAGCUGGAAAAGUCAAUGGAGAGUUGCUUGGUGCAGAGCGUUGAAUGACGAAUCGAGGAAGUCUGGGAGCCCAGUGCAACUAACAUUUGAAGAGGAGAGUCUUCAGUCAUCAGAGCUGGUGGUUGGCCAAGUGUCCAGCUUUAAAAAAUCUGCUGGUCAGAAGGCUGCACAAUGCAAGGUUGUCGGGGACAAACUUCAGUUCUCCCUCAGUGCAUCAACAUCAGCUAUGUCUCCAGGAGAGCCCUGUAGGUACAGCGUGAAGAUAUCGGCACUUGAACUGCAGUUGGAUUUGCAGAUAAGGGAGGCUGAAGGAGAGGUCUGGGUGGGCUGGGGGGUGUCCCAUCUGGAGACAUGGGACCUGCAGCUCAGCCCCAGCUUCACACAGGACAAUGCCACAGGCCCAAGUGUGGCUGCAGUAAAGGACGUGCUGAGACAGCUGCUGUGUGCGGCGCAUCCCUCCGUGAUGCUGAGUUGCAGGCCUGCUCAGGCCACAGAGGUCAAGGGGGCCUGUAAGCAGGUGACAUCACCGCCCAAGCCCCCCCGCGCUCACGACUGGAAGCUGCUGGUGAAGAAUAUCCGGGUGACAUGUAAGGAGCAGGAGGACGGUGCUGCAGGCAGUAUGAAUCCCCUGUGUGUGCUGCAGCUAGACGACCCUCCACAGAAACUCUCCACUUCAGUCCUACAAAACACAGCCAGCCCAGCCUGGGACCAGCCCUUCAUCUUUGAGCUGAAUGGACGAUCAAAAGAGCUCAAUAUUCAGCUGCUGGAUGAUGGGAAACCUCAGGAGAACUCCUUAAUGGGUCAAGUGUCUGUGCCUUUUCAUCUGGUGAAGAAGCAACCCAAAGGACAGCAAACAUUUCCCCUCAUAUCCAAAGACCAAGUGACUGGGUCACUUACUGCUGAGUUUACCUACUUGGAACCUAGCGAGGUGCGGUCGUGGCAGCCCCCUACUCCAGCCCUCACUAAGAGAGUGGAAAUGGACCGCACGGUCAUGCCCUGCGGUACUGUGGUCACCACAAUCACUGCAGUAAAGAGUAAACCAGCUCGACCACUACUGCCUGGACUGAGCAAAAAUCCCACCCAGCAGACCCCCUUGAAGCCUCCCAGCGGCACCAAGUCCAAGCUGUCGUCUCGGAGGGUGUCAGAGCAGCCAUCCAUGCUGGGGACGAUGGGGAGUAAGGCCCUGUCCUCCUCCGACACAGAGCUGCUUAUGCUCAAUGGGUCCGAUCCCGUGGCAGAGGCCGCCAUCCGCCAGCUCCACGAGUCAGCCAAGCAGAAGCUCAAGUCCCCGGUCAAGAAGAGCACCAUCAUCAUCUCAGGAGUGGCCAAGACCCCUCUUUCUCAGGAUGAUGAGAUGGCAUUGAUGGUGGGCUACGCUGCUGCGAUGGAUGCCUCCAUGUCGGAGCAGGGUUCUCAGGAGAUUUCUGUGGCGACUGCUUCAGUAGUAGGAGCCAGUAGCAACCUCCCGGAGGCGUGGUCAGAACCCCAGGAGGGCCCCAGUGGAGUUGUCCAGGCUCAAGCCCAGCAGGCCCCGGAGGACUGGGAGAGCCAAGCAGAAGAGGACACAGACAGAGAUGCAGAUAAAACCUCCAUGUCCAUCUGCAUCUCAGAGUCAGGCUCCAAAAAGAGCAGAGGAGGCGGCUUCCUACAAAAGAGUGCCAAGCUGUUCUUCCGCCGGCGCCGCCAGUGCAAGGACCCGGGUAUGAGCCAGUCGCACAACGACUUGGUGUACCUGGAGCAACCUGUGACGGUGGACCGAGAGAAACGCACAGCCACAUUCAGCCGGAUGUUGAACCGCAAGCUGCUGCCCAAGAGCAAGAGCAAAGCCAACGGCUCCACAACCCAGACAUCCACUCCCACCCUGGAGGAACAACACCCAGCCUGACUCUCCCUCCAAUAGUUCUGGAGCACCCCACGCCACCUCUAACCCCUUCUUUAGUCCUCCAGCCCCCCACGCCGCCACUCCUACCACCUCUAAUCCCUUCUUUAGUCCUCCAGCCCCCCACUCCAACACCCCUACCACCCACUUCUUCCCCUCAUCUAGUCCUCCAGCACCCCACUCCACCACCCUUACCACCUGCCUCUUCCCCUCCUCUAGUCCUCCAGCCCCCCACUCCACCACCCUUACCACCUGCCUCUUCCCCUCCUCUAGUCCUCCAGCCCCCCACUCCACCACCCUUACCACCUGCCUCUUCCCCUCCUCUAGUCCUCCAGCCCCCCACUCCACCACCCUUACCACCUGCCUCUUCCCCUCCUCUAGUCCUCCAGCCCCCCACUCCACCACCCUUACCACCUGCUUCUUCCCCUCCUCUAGUCCUCCAGCCCCCCACUCCACCACCCCUACAACCCGCUUCUUCUCCUCAUCUAGUCCUCCAGCCCCCCACUCCAACACCCCCUUACCACCAGCUU